UAAAGCUUCUGAGGAAUUCUUUGAGAGAGAGGGUGUCCCGUUUGAAUCUGCAUCACCUCCUGGGAUGUAUUCUUGGAUGAAGUCGGACAGAAAUGUAAGCAGUGUGUUGUUGCAAGGUGAUCGGCGGUGAUCGACUCUGCGCAGGCCCGGUUCACUUCUUCACUUCACUUAUUAUUUUAAAGAAGAGAGAAAAUCCAUGGACACCAUGAAGGACGUGGAUUAUCUGCAUCAGCCAACCAGUGGCAGACUGCCUGAGGAGAAGCCCGAGACUAAACGCCUCGGUGCCCAACAGCAGCAGGAUGCUGAUCUGAACCGAAGCUCUGUGUCACCUGAAGAUGUUCAGCAGCUGUUGGUUAUCAAAGAAGUUCCUCAAGAUUGGAGCCCCGGACAGGACCUGCAAGCCCCUGACUUUCUCUACAUAAAGCAGGAGCAGGAGGAACCCUUGAGCAGUGAGGAGGGACAGCAGCUCAAUGGGCUGGAGGAGGCUGAUCUCAACAGGUUACCAUUCACUAUUGUCACUGUGAAGACUGAAGAUGAUGAAGAGAAACCUCAGUGCUCAUAUCGUCAUCAAAGCCAAACAGAAGACUUCACACAGACAGCGACGCUAACAAACUGCUUACCUAAAAAGAUUAAAACAGAAAUUGAGGAGGACUGUAGAGGUCUGGAAUCAGCCUGGAACCCAGAUCUAAAUUGUCAUUUAUUACUAAAUAAUAAAAAGGCUUUAGACUCUUCUGAGACUGAAGUCAGUUAUGAAGAUGAUGAAGAGGAGGAGGUUUGGCAGGAACCUUUGUCAGAUUCUGGACCUGAAACCGAAAUGGGUGGCAUAGCCUGGAAGGAGAGCCGUGUACCUGAGUCUGAGUUUGUCGGUGAUGUGUGUGUUAAAACAUUUACACAACAGGACAAUCAGAAGCGACAAACCAGAGGAGAGAAAUCAUUGGCUUGUGGUGUUUGUGGCAAAACAUUUAGUUGCAAUACACAUCUUAAGAGACACAUGACGGUCCACACAGGAGAGAAACCCUUUAGUUGUGAAGCUUGUGGAAAAAGAUUCGGACUUGAAUUUACUCUUAAAACACACAUGAGAGUCCACACAGGAGAGAAGCCAUUUGGUUGUGAAGACUGUGGAAAAACAUUUAGUCGUAACACACAUCUUAAGAAUCACAUGCGAGUCCACACACAGGAGAAACCGUUUAGUUGUGAUGCUUGUGGAAAGACAUUUAAAUUUAAGUAUAGUUUUAAAGUACACAUGAGAGUCCACACAGGUGAGAGACCUUUUGGUUGUAGUGUUUGUGGUAAGGGAUUUACAGAACAUGAAGGUCUGAAAAGGCACAUGAGAAUCCACACUGGAGAGAAACCAUUUGGUUGUGAUAUAUGUGGGAAAAGAUUUGGACAUCAGAAUGCGCUUAAAAGACACACAAGUGUCCACACAGGAGAGAAGCCAUUUGGUUGUGAUAUUUGUGGGAAAAGAUUUAACCGAAGCACGCGAUUUAAGGAGCACUUAAGAGGCCACACAGGAGAGAAACUGUUUGGCUGUGAUGAGUGUGGGAAAACAUUUAGUUCUAAUACACGUCUGAAGAGACACACAAGUAUCCAUAGGAGAGAUAAACAGUUUUUGUGUGGUGUUUGUGGUGAAAAGUGUUCAACAUCUGAGCAGAUGAAGCAGCAUGAAAGUUCACACAUGUUACUGCAGGUAGAGACUAUAAAAUUGUAGGUUCUCUUAUAAAAUUUUAGUGUAUUUGUAAUAUUAACAAGCUUUUUUUUCUUAUCUUCAGUGAAUUUAAAAAAAUAAAACAAAAAGGGCAGCACGGUGGCGCAGUUGUUAGCACUGCUGCCUCACAGUUAGA